CAAGGAUCCAUCCAAGAUGACCAAGGUUCUCGUUGUUUUAAUGGGAUUUUUUCUCAUGUUUUUGUCGGAGACAUUGGGAACAGGAGAACACCCCAAAUACAAAGAUCCAACAAAACCAUUAAAUGUCCGAAUCAAGGAUCUACUUGGUCGGAUGACUUUGGAGGAAAAAAUAGGUCAAAUGGUGCAAAUUGAAAGGGUUAAUGCUUCGGCUGAUGUCAUGAAAAACUAUUUCAUUGGGAGUGUAUUGAGUGGUGGAGGUAGUGGCCCAUCAAAGAAUGCCUCAGCUAAGGAUUGGGUGGACAUGGUGAAUGAAAUCCAAAAAGGAGCUUUGUCGACUAGGCUAGGAAUUCCAAUGAUAUAUGGAAUUGAUGCUGUUCAUGGCCACAACAAUGUCUAUAAUGCAACCAUCUUCCCUCACAACGUUGGGCUUGGAGCUACUAGAGACCCUCAACUCGUGAAGAAUAUUGGGAGUGCUACUGCCCUUGAAAUUAGAGCAACUGGCAUUCCGUAUGCUUUUGCGCCUUGUGUAGCGGUUUGUAAAGAUCCGCGAUGGGGUCGAUGUUAUGAAAGCUACAGCGAGGACCCCAAGAUUGUUCAAGAAAUGACUGAGAUCAUACUAGGUUUACAAGGAGAGAUUCCACCUGAUUCUCCCAAGGGUGUUCCUUAUGUCGGUGGGAAAGAUAAAGUGGCAGGGUGUGCAAAACAUUUCGUUGGUGAUGGUGGAACAACUAAGGGUAUCAACGAGAACGACACAGUGAUAGACAGACACAGCUUACUUAGCAUUCACAUGCGAGGUUACUAUCCCUCGAUCAUUAAGGGAAUUGCAACCGUUAUGGCUUCUUAUUCAAGCUGGAAUGGAGAGAAAAUGCAUGCCCACAAAGAACUCCUUACUGACUUUCUCAAGAACACUCUUAAUUUUAGGGGCUUUGUCAUCUCAGAUUGGCAGGGUAUUGAUAGGAUUACAUCUCCACCACAUGCUAAUUAUACAUAUUCCAUCAUAGCAAGCGUUACGGCUGGUGUUGACAUGAUAAUGCUACCGUACAACUACAUAGAGUUCAUCGAAGACCUUACCUACUUGGUAAAAACUAAUAUAAUUCCUAUGAGUCGAAUUGACGAUGCAGUGAAGAGAAUUUUGAGAGUCAAAUUUGUUAUGGGUUUAUUUGAGAACCCAUUAGCUGACUACAGCUUGGUUAAUGAGAUUGGUAAAAAGGAACAUAGAGAACUAGCUAGAGAAGCCGUAAGAAAAUCACUAGUGUUAUUAAAGAAUGGAAAAUCGACUUCAACACCAUUGCUUCCUCUUCCAAAGAAUGCGCAAAAAAUACUUGUUGCUGGCAGCCAUGCAAACAACCUCGGGUAUCAAUGUGGUGGUUGGACUAUCGAAUGGCAAGGAGCUAGUGGCAACAACCUUACAAGUGGUACAACUGUACUUGAUGCUAUAAAAGAAACGGUUGAUCCAAAAACAGAAGUUACCUUUGAGGAAGAACCAAAUAAGGCGAGUCUCCAAUCACAUGAGUUUUCUUAUGGCAUUGUUGUAGUGGGAGAAUAUCCAUAUGCAGAAACUAAUGGUGAUAGCUUGAAUUUGACAAUUCCCGACCCUGGUCCAAGCACCAUCACGGAUGUUUGUGGCGCUAUGAAAUGUGUAGUUAUAAUAUUCUCAGGACGGCCUGUAGUAAUCGAACCUUAUAUUUCUUCAAUGGAUGCACUUGUUGCUGCUUGGCUUCCAGGAACAGAAGGAAAAGGCAUUACUGAUGUAUUGUUUGGUGAUUACGAUUUUAUUGGGAAACUUCCCCAAACUUGGUUCAAGACUGUUGAUCAAUUGCCAAUGAACUUUGGAGAUCCUAACUAUGAUCCUCUUUUCUCCUUGGGAUAUGGUCUUACUACAGAGCCCAUCAAAGCUAAAUGAGUGACUGCCUCAACUAUUUUACAUGUACACGGCCUCCAAUAUUG